AUGCCAGCAGAUGUUGCAUGCGCACCUCUUGUGUUGCAGCUGUGGGGUGUACGUACACCGCAGGACGACGACUUCGACAAUUUGCUGUCGGAAGCCAUGAGAGAAGUCGACAAUUUGCUGUCGGAAGCCAUGAGGGAAGCAGCAGAAGAAGCUCGAGUGUCUCGCCAGACAGCGCAGGUGCAGCAGAUACGUAUUCCUUGGGGAUUGCUUAAGGAACAGCAGCAGCAGCCGCAGCAGCAGCAGCCGCAGCAGCAGCAGCAGCAGUCUUCCGAGACCCAAGCAUCCCCAGCAGCAGCAACAGCAGCAGCAGCAGCAGCAGCAGCUGAAGCCACUGACAAGGGCCUCGCGGGUUCUGAAUCCACAGAAGAGGGAGAGAAGACAAGCGCAGCACCUGUUGUUACGCUGCGGCUGCUGCAGCGACGAGCGGAGAAGAGAGGGAAGUUGCAGCUGCGGCCGCUGACGGUGCCUGCUGACAGCAAGUUGCUGCAGCAGGCGCAGCAGCAGCGGCAGCAGCAGCAGAAGCAGCAGCAGCAGCAGCAGCAGGAGCAAGCACGUAUAGAAAAGUUUGUCUUGGAAAGUGUCUUGGGGGCUGGAGCUGCACGUACACCCCAAUUCAAAAAGACAAAAAUGCAUGCAGCAAGCAACAAAGCUAUCCCUGGAUUAGCAGAAGCAGAAGAAGCAAAGGGGCCCUGUGCUGCUGCUGCUUCUGCUCCUGCUGCUACUGCUGCUGCUGCGAAGGGAAAGACAGAGAAAACAAAACGGCAAGCUAAAAAGACAGCUGCUGCUGCUGCUGCAGAGAUACAACUGCAGCAGCACCAGGAGCAACUCCAGCAGCAGCAAGAGCAACAACAAAAGCAACAGCAGCAGAAACAGCAGCAAAAACAGCAGCAGCAACAACAACAACAACAGCAGAAGCAGAAGCAGCAGCCGCAGCGCAGCGGCCAGUCUAAGCCACAGAGGGAGACAAAGGCAGAGAAAGCCUAA